AUGCUCAGAGCUCGCCACAUCAACGCAGCUGUGGUUUCUGCCAGACGUGCAGUUUCCUCUGUUGCAGCUGCUUAUUAUCCAAGUGAGCCAGUGGCUCCAAACUUGGUAACUGAGUCGGUUCCAGGUCCAAAAUCAAUUGAAAUCAACGACAAGUUAGGUAAGGUUUUCGACAACCGUGCAUCUUAUUUCGCCACUGACUACUACAAUUCAUUGGGAAACUACAUUUCGGACGCUGAUGGAAACCAAUUGUUGGAUGUCUACUGUCAGAUCUCCUCCAUUGCAUUGGGGUACAACAACCCAGAAUUGUUCAAGACCGCACAGUCCAAGGAGAUGGCCAGUGCCUUGAUCAACAGACCUGCCUUGGCCUGCUUCCCUCUGUCUGACUACGCAGAGAUUUUGCAACAGGGUAUCUUGGCUGCUGCACCUCCUGGCCAGAACAAGGUCUGGACUGCUUUGUCUGGAUCUUGUGCCAACGAGACCGCUUACAAGGCUGCUUUCAUGUACCAGGCUGCUAAGAAGCGUGGCUCCAUGGAUUUCACCGAUGAGGAAUUGACCUCUGUCAUGAACAACCGUGCUCCAGGUUCUCCAGAAAGAGUGAUCUUGUCAUUUGACAAAGGUUUCCACGGCAGAUUGUUCGGAUCGUUGUCCACCACCCGUUCGAAGGCCAUCCAUAAGUUGGAUAUUCCUGCUUUCAACUGGCCAAAGGCUCCUUUCCCAGCUUUGAAGUAUCCAUUGGAGGAGUUUGUCAACGAAAAUGCCGAGGAGGAGGAAAGAUGCUUGAUUGAAUUCGAGAAGAUCGUCAAGUCCUACCCUCCAGACACCAUUGCUGCCAUUAUUGUGGAGCCAGUUCAGUCUGAGGGUGGAGACAAUCAUGCUUCUGCUACGUUCUUCCAAGGUUUGAGAGAUCUUACCUUGAAGCACGAGAUUCUUAUGAUUGUUGAUGAAGUCCAAACCGGUGUUGGUGCUUCUGGUAAGUUCUGGGCUCACGAGCACUGGAACUUGACUACUCCACCAGAUAUGGUUACGUUCUCCAAGAAGUUCCAGGCUGCUGGUUUCUACUUCUCUAACCCAGAGUUGCAGCCAAACCAGCCAUACAGACAGUUCAACACUUGGUGCGGAGACCCAUCCAAGGCUCUCAUCGCCAGAACUAUCUACCAGGAAGUCACGAAGCACAACUUGGUCGAGAAAACUGCUGCUACUGGAGACUACUUGUACGGAAAGUUGAAGGAGUUGUUUGGCAAGUACGGCAACAAGGUUUUCAACUUACGUGGUGAGAACUUCGGUACAUUCAUUGCCUGGGACUGCGAGGGCCCAUCCAAGAGAAACGAGCUUUUAGCCAAGAUGCGUGCUGCUGGUGUCAACAUUGGUGGUUGCGGAGAUCACUCCAUUAGAUUGAGACCAACGUUGGUUUUCGAGAACAAGCACGCCGAUUUACUUAUUGAGGCAUUGGAGACUUCGUUGAAGUCUUUGUAG